AUUUGUAAUGUCCUUUGCGAUUGCGAUGGUUGUAAACUAGUGAAACUUAAAAAAUAUAUAAAAGAAAUCAAAUGGAGUUUCAUUGAUACACAGUGACGACAUGCACAAUACCACAAAAGAAUAAAAAUGUUUUGUUUGCAUUGAUAGCCGUGGUCUCGCUUAGCUAAAAACAUGUUUAGAAGCCGUAGCUGGUUUGGUGGUGGAUGGGGUCGUCCCAAGAAUCCCCAUUCACUCGAAAGACUGAAAUAUUUACAUAACAUUUUGUGUAAAAACACGACAGUGUCUGAAAGUAAUAGAGGUACACUGGUGGAAUCCCUGAGGUGUAUAGCAGAGAUCCUAAUAUGGGGAGAUCAAAACGACAGUUCCGUGUUCGAUUUCUUCUUGGAGAAGAACAUGCUGUCUUACUUCUUGAGAAUCAUGAGACAGAAAUGUGGUGGCUCAUCUUAUGUUUGUGUGCAGUUGUUACAGACAUUAAACAUCUUAUUUGAAAACAUACGGAAUGAAACAUCACUUUAUUACCUUCUGAGUAAUAAUCAUGUUAAUUCAAUAAUAGUACACAAAUUCGACUUUUCCGACGAAGAAGUUAUGGCUUACUACAUAUCUUUCUUGAAGACUCUAAGUCUUAAACUAAACAACCACACAAUACAUUUCUUCUACAAUGAGCAUACUAAGGACUUUCCUCUAUACACAGAAGCUAUAAAAUUCUUCAACCAUACAGAGUCAAUGGUUCGUAUUGCUGUCAGGACCUUGACUCUCAAUGUGUACAGAGUGCAAGAUGCUAGUAUGUUGCGGUUUAUUAGAGACAGAACUGCAGCACCAUACUUCAGUAACUUGGUCUGGUUUAUCGGCAAGCAUAUCUUGGAAUUGGACGCAUGUGUUAGAAAUGAUGCUGACCAUCAGUCACAACAAAAAUUGGACGAUUUAGUAGCCGAACAUCUGGACCAUUUACACUACAUAAACGAUAUUCUUUGUCUCAACAUUCCUGACCUGAAUGAUGUUCUAACUGAGCAUUUACUACACAAACUUCUCGUCCCCCUUUAUAUAUACUCAUUAACCUCCGACUCUACGAGGAGACAUGCCACCUCCUCUCCAUACAAUAGAGAUCAUAUCCAAAGCAUAGAAGUUAUAACUAGAAACCUUGAAGCGAUAUUGAAAGGGAAAAACACUGAAGUCUCUCCAGGGAGAAUAAAUUUUCCAAGAAGAAUGGAGUCUGAAGAGGAGACAAAACCAUCAGUCUCUUGCGUAGUCUCUCUAUUUCUUUUGUCUCAAGUAUUUUUAAUAAUAACACACGGUCCUAUAGUCCACGCUUUGGCGUGGAUCAUAUUGCAGUCGGACUUAUCAGUAUUUGAAGAUGGUGCUACUAAAAUAUUAGAAAUGUACAUUAGUAAUGCAAAAUCGAAUGUUAAGUUAGAGUUUUCGAAGCCACAGCUCAGCCUCGAGAAGGCUCUAGAAAGUACUUCUGGUCACGAGAGGGAUUACACUACGCCCGAAUACAGCGGGCCAAAAGUGUUUGGAUACGAUACGGACCAUUCGAGUUGUGAUCUCGAUCCAGAAUUAGUCUCUACUUCUUUGCCGUCCACUUCUCAAAUAAGCGAGUCCUCCAGCAUUGCUCACGAUUCGACUGAAGAUUUAGUAACUCAAAUACAUUCUAUGAAAUCGAGUGAGUUGACAUCGCCUAAGGAAAAUAUGCCUGAUUCACCGUUACCCGACUCCGGUAUAGAGUCGGGUUCGAGUAAAACUUGCUCGGAGCUAAAUAAUAUAACGGAUGAAGAGAAGCAGAAAUUACUCGGUGCUACCCCUACCACGACUAGGGAGAGGUCGUUGACAUUAGAUAGUAUAUUAGAGAGAGAAAACAAAGAGAUAGAAAAACGGCCAUUUUUAAAGACUAUUCUAGAUUCGUUGGACUGUAGUGAAAACGAUUACAAAGCGUUGUUUGCUCUGUGCCUAUUGUUCGCAUUGAUAAACAAUAAAGGUGUGAACACCGAGUUGUUAGACACACUUUUGUGUCCAGAACCGGAAAUUAUUGGUGCUAUGUCAAGUACCGCCAACAUAGAGACUGAGGCGACAUCUAACGAAAGCAGUGAGCAAACGCCCCCUACGCCUGCAGUGAGAUGUUCGAUGCAAAGUUUUAAUAUUUUAUUAAUUUCUAAGUUAAUGACGAUAGCAAAUUUAAGCUGUAAGCCUGCGUCAAAAGUCCGCCUAGUGACCUUAGAACUGAGCGUGACACUAAUGCGUAUCGCGAUGCAAGGCGCGUCCGGAGUGGCGGGCGGUCGUCACCUGUCCGCAGCAGAUACGUUGCGGAGCCGCGCGGCGGCACUAGCUAGAAACUUCUACAAGUGUGAUGAUAUAUUCCUCGAUAUGUUUGAAGAUGAGUACUGCGAAAUGAGCAAGCGUCCGCUGAAUGUUGAAUGGCUGUGUAUGGAUGCAGCGAUAUUGUUACCACCUACUCGAACCCCUAUGUCUGGGAUAGCGUUUGCCAAGCGACUACCUAGUGGUGAAAUGGAAAGAGCCAGAAGGGCAAUUAGAACAUUUUUCCUAAUACGGGACCUCUACUUGAAGUUGACUGGAAAGCCCGAGACCCAGCUGCCUCUAACUAAUCCGGCGCCAUUCGUUCAAGUUGGAGAUGUUUUAGAUCUAAAUGACUCUGAUCUCAUAUCAUGUGAUAUAAUACAGAAGGACGGCACUUGGCACCACAGGUUCCUGGCUGUAGACAAUAUACAGAUCAUAUUGGUUGAGCCAGAUAAACAAAGGUUGGGUUGGGGCAUAGCGAAGUUAGUUGGCAGCCUGCAGGACCUAGAAAUUCAAGGCGACAAAGAAGAUCCUCGUUGCCUCCACCUAACCAUUCACAAGCCGCGUGUGGGCGCCAGUGGCGCCCUCCCUCGUACCGUACUACUUCGCGCCAAGUUCAAAUUUGACGAUCACAUACGCAGUAUGGCGGCCAAGCAAAGACUAACUAAGGGUCGAACGAAAUCCCGACAAAAGAAGAUGCAGCAGAUCGGCCGCUUGCUGGAGGUGUCGGGCGUAUCCGCGCCGACGAUGGCGCCGCGGCAUCGUCCGCUAUUCUCGCGACCGGGCCUCACCGCUGUCCGACGCUCCACCGGUAGCGAUGGUGACGACACAGACCGGAGACUACGUAGACCGAGCGCUCACAUGCUAAAAGACGGCAUCGUCGUUUAUAGAGAACGGACGACAAGUCGGGAAAGAAUACUACCUUGGUCCACUCAGUCAGACAAUAUUAGUAGAAAGGUGUUGGCAGUUAUGGAUUCACUGAGAAGCAGCGUGUCGCGUAACAGCAGCACCCACGGAUCCAGGGAUAGUUCCCCGAGGUCGCGUCCUGAGGACAUACCACUCGAAGAUAUUAGGAAGAGCACAGGGAUGGCAGGCAACGAUUCCGCUACUCCUGUUACGCAGCCGAGUCAACCGAGCACAUCGACACAGCUGCCAAAGCAAUCAAACUCUUCAGAAGAGACUUCUUUUAUAUCAGCUGAUGCGCCGCGGCCGAAGCGUAAGGGGCUCGUCGAGACCAUUUGAUAUUAGCUACAAUAUAAACGUAACUAAGAAUAUGCAUCUUAAACCUUGUUACUGUGAGUUUAAUUUACAAUAUCAGUGAAUGUUUGAAAACAUAUGCUAUCUUUUGUAGAAUAAGAUGCAUAUUUAAUAUGUGAUCAUUGGUAAUAUUACACGUAAAGUUUAUCAACAAGAAAAUUAAAUCUCCUAGUAAAAUAUGUAAAGAAUUUGACAAAUAUCAAAUAUAAAAUCAAUUCCAUCUGGACGUAGAUGCUAAAGAAUAUUAUUAUGUUAACAACAUGUUAAAUUUACUCGUUUCCGUACACAGUUUUUUCUAAAAUGUGCUACUAUUCUGUCAGGAUAGGAUUUAUUUUAAACAAACAUUGUUAUACUUUGUUCCUAAAUUAUCUUACGGCAUAUUGGGAUUAAAAAGGAGCAGCGAUAGCGAUAGCUAGAGAUUGUCGGGUUUCAGAUAAAAAAAUAGAUUGGAAGACAUGAUACAGUUUGUCAUCAUUAAAAGUGUACAUUUAUUUUAAUUAAUAUUCUACUGUCAUUAUGUUUAAAAACGAAUCUUCAACUUAUCAAACAAUAUGCCAUAGAUUUUUGACAUUACAGAGCCAUUAUGGUCUGUGAAUAAUGCUUAAAAUUAUAUCACGAUACAUUAUGUUUUAAACUAGUGUUGCCAUAGUUGAAGGUUUGCAUUAUUCUAAAAAAAUGGCUAUUGUAGCAUGAUCGUGAUUAAAAAUUAGUAAAUUAAAAAUUUGACUAAUAAAUGAUAAUUAUUUCAGACGUUUUAAUGAAACAGAAGAUAUAAAUUUAAAUUAAUUUUAUAAAAAAUCCAAUCUUAUCAUAGUUUUUGUUUUAUCAAAUUUGAAAUAAAACCUUUGUUAGUAAAAAGAAAUUGUAAUAAUAAAGAAAAAACACUGAUUUUCAUAAUCAUCCCACCUAAAAUAAACGCCAUUUGAUUUAAAAAUGUCAUGUUUAGAUUAAUUCCCCCAUUAACCGUUACACUAGUUCUGAUAUUAUUCCAUAUUGAAUACUGCACUAAAAUAAUCUAGCACAGUGCCAUCAAAUGAAUAUUUCCGAAAAUCAAUUCAUCCUAAGUUUAAAAAAGGCUCAUUCAAAUUUUAACUAACAAUUUUUUUUUCUAUAACUUUUUUAAUAAUAUCUUAUAGUAUGGUGUUAAAAAAUGAACUGCGAUAACUUGGCGAGAUAUAUAUAUAUACACCAAUUAAACCCAUCCACACAAAUUAUAUUUAAAAAUAUUUACAAUUUUUAUGGUUUAUUAAAGUAAAAAGUGGGUAGUGAAAGUCUGUUUUCUUUAUUUUCCAUUAAAUUAAGAUUUUUUUAAUUAAAUUGAAAACAGAAGAAGAUUAUUUUAUUUACAGUACAUUUUUUAAUCACCAUAUUUAGCAACUAUGACGUAUUGCGUAAGCAUUAGUUUUUUUAUUUAAACAUUGUAGAUAGUGUAGAGUAAUAAAAAAAAUAUUGUCAAAGUUGUAUUUUUGUAAACUGUACGAUAUGGAUCUCUCGUUACGUCCGUAUAUAUGUGUAUGUGAUAGAUAUUUGUAGAUAGAUAUAAGGCGAUUUCAUACGAAUAAUAAUUACAAUUAAGUAACCAAUUAAUAAGAGAAUAAAUUUACUGUUUUGUGUAAAGCAUUAAAAUCAUAACCCCGCCUGCACUAUCCAUAUCUAUCCCUGUUGGCGGGGCGCUAGUGAUGAAUUAAUAAAAAAAUUACUCCGAUAGUUUCCAGGGCAAACCGCGUGGAGGUCGAUCUGUUAAGAUAUGUUGCUAGGCUAUGAGGCUAUUAGUCCAUUACAUAAGUGUUGCAGGAUGGCAUUUUUAAAGGUAUCAGUAUGACUGGGAUUUGGUCGAUUAUUUCUUAUCACUUGGCCUGGAAAGAUGGAAUAAUAUUUGUUUCAAAAGGGAUUUAAUCCAUAGACAAAACAUCCUUUAUCUGCGCAGAUACUUAGUCGCCUUGUACGUCAAUCUGAAAAAAAGGUGGUGUCAGUCAUCUUGCUUGUGAUAUUUUGAAUGGCGAUGUUUGAAGGUUUACCAUGAAUUGUAUAUUUAUAUAUGGUCUAUAUUUAUAUAUAAUGGUAUUUAUCUGUACAUUUUAGCCUAUGUCUACACGACAAUUUGGUUAGUUGGUCAGAAUAAUUUAAAUUCCGGAUAAGGGAAUUAAAAAAAAAUCUGAUUAACUAACCAAUUGAUUACAGCUACAAAUGUGCUCAAUAUAACACCUAAUUCAACAAAAUCUAUACCCGACAGUUAAGAUCUUAAAUGCUGUUCAGCUUGUUUGCCAUAAAAAAAAAUAGUAAAAUAAUUUAAAAAGAGAAAUUCGUUUGAAAUCGCCUUUUUAUAAUUAAGUCUGCGAUUUUUUUUCCUGUAUCACCUAUUAUUUAUUCUAAUUGUAUACGUUAUAAUUUUAUCGCAUAUUUUUUAUACCUUUUCUACAAAGAUUAAAACUUGAAAUUUACUUUUUUUUUUAUAUAAAAUACGCAGACUUCCAUUUAGAUAGUAAAUUAUUAAUUAUAGUCUUUUGGUAUUAUAUUAAAUGGAUAUAUUUUUUAAGAUAGAUGUUUUAGUUUAAUAUUUUUUUAUAUAUUUAGUUAUAAAUUAUUUCAUGGCGUAUUGUAAGCACACAAUGGUGGUUGUUGUUUAAUAAUAAAUUUGAUUGGUAGAUAAAAUAACUUGUAAAGAAAUAGCAAACACAGAAUGAAAAACCACUAAAUAGUACUUACACAGUUAUACAUGAUUUUCCUCCAAAUUUAAUAUUUGAUAGAAAUAGAUGUAACACAUUCAAAUUUAGAACUACAGACUACAGGGUCGUUUCUGAAGCAUCAUUUCUCUAAGCAUAUCUCUGAAAUGAUAAUUGUAAUAUAAAACCAGAAAUAACAACCAAAUCUUUAUUCUAGGGACUAAAUUAUUAAUAGAUUUAAUUAAAAAUAUAUAGUAAAGUAACUGCUUACCAUCAGAUGGGUCGUAUGCUUGUUUGUAACCACAGUGGUUUAAAAAAAAAUAUAAAUUUAUGAUGGUCAAUAAUACAGUCAUUUCGUGAAACUGUCAGAUUAAAAUAUAUUAUGAGAUAGGUCGAGAGAAAUAACGUAUCAGAAACGACCCCAUUGGAAAUUAUAGGCACCAACUUCAUGUAUGAUUUUAUAGUAUAUGUUCAUUAUUUUUAGUGCCAUAUUACACUAUCAAAUAUCUACCUAUUAUCAUAUGCAGAUAAUAUUUAUCAAUACAAUAUUUAUCGAUUGCUUGGGUACCUCUGUCCCAUUCGUGUUUCAACCGUGAAGCAGUUGUGUUUGCAUGGCUGUGUUUCGGUUUGAAGGGUGGGAU